CCGGCUCGGUUUCCAUUGCGCGCGUUAUUGCGCAACGCGACGGAUAAUUCGCUCUGUUCGGCCUUGGUGCGAACCAACUCGACUCCGUUCGGUUCAGUUCGGCUACGACAAAAGUCUUCGGUACUUCCUCCCACACGCGGGAGAGAUCACAUGCGGACAGGUGCAUGCGCAUUCCUUGUUCCCGGGCAGUUCGGGAUGCUGCUGGUCCUGAUGCUGCGGGCGGACGCGCAUCAUCAACACCACUAAAAGCGAUACGGACUUCGCGAGCUCUCGAACGCGGAUCGGAUGGACUCCCAGCUUCAGGGAACAUCAGAUCCCCGAUGAAUCGAUGACAGCCGUCAAAAGAGCAUUUUCGUGCCAAUGGCGAUUAACAUGCAGUGAAGAUCAUGCGUGAUUUGUCAUCUGUAAUGUGUCUGAAUCCCAGCAGUCAGUGAAUGGACACAGACACGCGCACACACAUACAGAGACACAGACAGCUGUUUAUCCAGAACACUCCGUCAUUAGCCCAAUGCUUUGUAUGGAUGCCGUUUUGACAAUUAAGCUGACGUUUUGCUUUAAAUUCAUCAUACAGUCCGCCUAAAAUCUGGUGAUGCACAUCUUUUUCACCAUCCUGGAAAGUAGUCCGAUUUUUUAAUCUGGAUAUGUUAAAAGGCACGUGAAGAUGGACGGGAUUAUUAAUAUUCUGGGGCUCCUGGUGCUGAUAUUUGAAGGCAUCUCGUGCCAGGGAGUGUAUGCGCCCCCUACUGUUCGUAUCGUGCACUCAGGUCACACGUGUAACGUAGAGGAGGAACGUUACUCAGAGAGAGUCUACACCAUCCGUGAGGGGGAGACCCUUGAACUCACCUGCCUGGUCACCGGACAUCCACGGCCACAGAUUCGAUGGACCAAGACUGCAGGCAGCAUUUCAGAUCGCUUCCAGGACAACAGUGUAUUCAAUGAAACUCUUCACAUAGCUAAAAUCCAGAGACAUCAGGGUGGACGAUAUUACUGUAAGGCUGAGAAUGGACUGGGUUCACCGGCCAUUAAAUCCAUUCGAGUGGACGUCUACUAUCUUGAUGAUCCAGUGGUGACAGUUCAUCAGAGUAUCGGUGAAGCUAAAGAGCAGUUUUAUUAUGAGAGAACCGUGUUUCUGCGAUGUGUGGCAAACUCCAAUCCUCCGGUCCGAUACAGUUGGCACAGAGGACGAGAUGUUCUGUCUCAAGGGUCUGAUAAAGGGGUUGAGAUCUAUGAACCCUUCUUUACCCAGCUGCAGGGGGAAACAAAAAUCCUGAAGUUGAAGAACCUGAGACCCAAAGACUACGCCAACUACAGCUGUAUCGCCUCCGUCAGGAACGUCUGUGGACUCGCUGACCGCAGGGUCAUCUUCAGACUCACCAAUAAAACAGCGUCUCCAUCCAUUAAACUGUUGGUGGAGGAUCCAAUCGUGGUGAAUCCCGGUCAGACGGUAUCACUGGUGUGUAUCACCACCGCUGGAGAACCAACACCAGAUCUGGUCUGGACCAGCAGCUCGGGCUCUCUGCCUGAAAAGAGUCUGGUAAAAGACGGCACCCUCACUUUACCGGCAAUCUCAUCGGAUGACGCCGGCGUCUACGGCUGUGUGGCCAGCAAUAAUGUGGGCAACCCAGCCAAAAAAUCUACAACUAUCAUCGUUCGAGCCCUGAAGAAAGGCCGUUUCUGGAUCACUCCAGACCCGUACCACAACGACGACAACAUCCAGAUCGGUCGAGAGGUGAAGAUCUCCUGUCAGGUGGAAGCCACGCCGCCCGAGGAGCUCUUGUUCAGCUGGCUGAAGAACGGCCGGGCCCUACGCAGCUCGGAGCGUAUGGUCAUCACCCAGACCGAUCCUGACAUCUCCCCUGGAACAACCAACCUGGACAUCAUUGACCUCAAGUUCACAGACUUUGGCACAUACACCUGUGUAGCGUCACUGAGGGGCGGCGGGAUUCCUGAAAUCAGCAUCGAUGUAAACAUCUCAUCCACUACUGUUCCUCCGAGCCUGAGCGUGCCGCAGGGAAAAUCCCCACUGGUGGUACGGGAGGGUGCCACAGUGGAGUUGGAGUGCCUUGUUUCAGGGAAACCCAAGCCCAUCAUCCUGUGGUCCAGGGCCGAUAAGGAGGCGCCGAUGCCGGAUGGCAGCGUGCAGAUGGAGAGCUACGACGGUGUGCUGCGGGUGGUGAACGUAUCGCGUGAGAUGAGCGGAUCUUACCGCUGUCAGACCAGCCAAUAUAACGGCUUUAACGUGAAGCCACGCGAGGCUGUGGUUGAGCUGAUAGUCCAGUACCCACCCACAGUGGAGCCGGUUUGGCAGGAGGUCCGUCAGGGUUUGGGUCGGCCAGUAGUGAUGAACUGUCGUGUUUUACGGGCACAUCCAUCACGUGUGCUGCGUUACGAGUGGAGGCUGGGAUCUCGACUUCUGCAUGCCGGACAUUUUGACUCACGAGACGAUACUGAAUACACAUUACGCAGCCUCACGCGAGAGGGCUACGGCGAAUACACCUGUGAAAUCUUCAAUGAGGCGGGGUCAGGACGCUGUACUUUCCUGGUCACUGGUAAAGCUUACGCUCCGGAGUUUUACUAUGACACGUACAGUCCUCUAUGGCAGAACAGACCGCGUGUUUACGGCUAUAAGCUGCAGUGGACACAGAUGAAUCCUAAUGCUGUAGACCGAGUCAUGGCGUAUCGCUUGGGAAUACGACAGACCGGACAGCAGAGAUGGUGGGAGCAGGAGAUUCCUGUGGAUGGAAACAUUCAGAAAGGAGAACUGAUCACACACAAUCUAACAGAGCUCAUCAGACCCGAGGCGUACGUGGUCCGAUUGACGCCCAUCACACGGUUCGGAGAGGGCGACUCGACUAUCAGGAUCGUCACUUAUAGUGCUCCUAUUAAUCCACAUCUAAGAGAGUUUCAUUGUAGCUUUGAAGAGGAGCCCAUGUGUAUGUUUACUCAGGACAAGAGCGAUGAUUUUGAUUGGACGAGACACAGCGCAGCCACCCGUGACACUAAAUACACUCCAAACACGGGUCCCAGCGGUGACCGGAGCGGAUCUAAACAGGGUUUUUAUAUGUACAUUGAGACGUCCAGACCACGAAAAGAUGGCGACACUGCGCGUCUCAUGAGCCCUGUGUUCAACAUCGCCCCUAAAAAUCCUCACGGGAUCACCAAUCCUCCAGAAUACUGCUUGACUUUCUAUUACCACAUGUAUGGUAAACACAUUGGUACAUUGAAUGCUUUUGUGAAGCAGAAAGGUCAGUCGAGCUCAGACACCGGACCGGUUUGGUCCCUCAGUGGGAGUCAAGGGGAUCGCUGGAGACAAGCCAAAAUUACCAUUCAUCCACUUUCCUCUUUCCAGGUCAUAUUUGAAGGCAUUCGUGGUCCAGGUAUUGAAGGGGACAUAGCCAUCGAUGAUGUCACUCUCGAGGAGGGGCAGUGUCCUGACCCACCAUCCAAUCCUAUCAGAGGAAAAGCUUCACACAAAGUCUUCAGUAUAUGGCCAUUGUGCGGCACACUGUUUUUUACUAGUAUUAUCUUUCAUCAGAGGUGACGUACCACAUGAGAAAAGCCUGGAAAUGCAUCUUUUAAUAUUUAAUCACCAAAGAUUCACGCUUUCAGACUGCUGAACGCCGCGGCUCCACGUGGAAUAAAUCCAUGACACAAAUACAAACCUACACAGAAAAGUAAUAAAGAUUCGCUGACGUCUCUCUCUCUGAUGAAACCGUUCGGUAAGAUGAUCUCAGGAGAACAAUUUACUGAGAGCGAGGCUUUAAACACUGACCUGAGAACAGUCAGAAAAGCACAAUGACAAAUUCACCAUCUGACUGUAAAGAUUCAAGAAAGACAGCAAUGAUUCCUUCCUCCCUGUGCUUCAUCAUCAAAUCUCUUAUUUGUUUUCGAUUGAAUCCUCUUGAUGCUUUUGGUACACAAGAGCUUCUCCUCGUCCUCACAUCAUCAUCAUCAUCAUCUACUUUUGGUUUUUACUGUUGUUUUACUUUGGCUUCAACUCUGGUAAGACUUUGCUUUAUAUCCCAACAUCAGUAGCAGCCUGACACUGUGCACACAUCAGCAGAAGAUCCAUGACUCCAUCACUUCUGUCUUCAGAAUCUCUGCCAUUAUAAAAGAAGUGCCUUCAGGUUAAAACCCCAUCUGUGAGCCUGAUCAUUCAUGUUUCUACCAUCAUCUAUGGGCUAUUUUAUACACAUUUAUAUAUAAGUGCUGGGACACAGAAGGCACAACAAACAGCGAGCGCUGAAUUGAGGAUGUUUGACGAUGUCUGAUUUCUGCUCCAUCCGACCUGAAAUCCAGAGAUGAGAUCAACACAGAACUGCAGUUAUAAACUCAAUCCUGCUGUCGCCAUCUUCACCCUUCAUACAAUACUGAACAAUGAGAGAAAACAAACAACUAAUAUUCAUAAUUAUAAAACUAUUUUAUUACUCUAUCCUCCUGAAUGUGUUUCAGCUUUUACACACAAACUUUGCAGUGUCGUCUACCUGAACGCUCCGACAGACGGUUUUUAAAAACGAUGUUGUAAAUGAAACAAAAAAUAAUGAAGAAAAGAUUUACGUACGUUGUGUUAUGAAAACGUUUUGACAAACUGUGUCGCGUUACUUCUUAUUUCUGUUGAAAUGUUUGACUGAUUUUCUUGUCGUUUCCCUUGCAUUGUUAAAAUAUCAAAACCGGACGGCAGUAAUCGUACAGCUGUAUAUGUAAAGCAGAUCUGUUCAUUCAGGUUUCUAUGUAGAAAUCAAUGAAGCACAACAUUUAAAUGCAGUUUUUUUCUUUUAAAUCAUAUAUGUGACCGUUUCCAUGUAAAGCUGAAGAAAUGAAGUUCAUCUUUAGUUUACAUCACACGCUGGACUGGGUUUCAUCCAAACAUCAUUUAGUUAAAAAAUCUCUCGCCGCUUAUAUUUGCAUUGCUUUAUCACUUUUUAUGUAAUCUUCAGAUAUGUAAUGAAUAUCAUUUGUUACACAAAAAUCCACACUUAUGUAUGAAAUAAGUAAUAAAUAAAUUAUUUAUACCAGACACACUCUUAAAAAUAAAUGUGCUUCAUUAUCAGUGUUGGGUAAGUUACUACUGUAGUUACUAAUGACAUCUUCAAUCAUGUAAUUAGAUUACUCUCAAAAAAGUAUUUUAUGACUAUCUACUAAUAAAUAAAUCAUAUUUAGUAAAUGAUACAAAAAUUGGCUUGAAACAGCUUAAAUAAAUCAUGUAAAGUACAUCAAUUAUUUUGGUGAUACUUUUUUGGGUCCAAUUCUCACUAUUAACUAAUAUGAACUACUUUUUAGGAUUGAUGAUGUAUAAUAAGGUUUUGCAGAAUCAGGCAUUAAUGUGUGCUUAUUAAGUAUUAAUAAACAGCCAAUAUCUCAGUAAUAUUAUUGCAAAUAACCAAGUGAGUGUUACCAUUAUUCAUUUUAACUCCCCAGAGUAUUUAAAGUGAGAAGGAAGGAUUCAUAAAAACCUGCAUUUUAACCUUAGACGUUAAGGGGUGGUUUACCAGACAGGGAUUAGCUUAAGCCAGGACUAGGCCUUAGAUUAAUUAGGAAAUAUAAAUAGUUUUAACAAACAUGUCUUAAUAAAAACAUUACUUGUGUGCAUUUUGAGGCAUAACAAAGGGCACUGAAGUAUUUUAAGAUAUGUUUAAGAUGAGUUAUUUUAGUCUAGGACUAGUCUGGUCCGGGAAACAACCCCUAAAUGUUGAUGUUAAAUCCACUAUUGUAUUAUAUAUCAUUGAUCUACAGUCCAUACACAGGAUUUAGUUAAAUUAAAUCAGAAGUUACUGUCAUUAAAUUACUGAGUAAUCCCUUACUUUACUUUAUCAAGAAAAACUGAUUAAAUUACAGUAACUAAUUACUUAGUAACUAGUUACACCCAACACUGAUCAUGAUGCCAUAAAGGACCAUUUUUGGCUCAAUAAUGUUCCAUAUAAAAAAGUUUAAACAUAUUAAGAUUAUAAAAAACUAUGACAUAAAUAUUUCUUCUAAGAAUCUUUGACUGAAUGAUUCUUUGAGCAACCAAACAUGGUGAAGCACAUUUAUUUUUAGGAGUGCAGAUGUGCAGACGACUCAGCAGCUCCGGAGCGGAUACGGCCCAGGGUCUAGAAAGAGUCCAGAGAUCUCUUAUCUUCUUCUUCUAUGGAUUAACACAAAAACAGUGAAUGGUUUGUACCUCAGUGGUGCUUUAUUAAUGGGAACAUGCAUUACACGGUCAUCUCGAUCAUAAUGUAGUAUUUCAUUUCAAAAGGCUAAAAUAAAAGUCUCUUACUGAAACAACAGAGGUUUAAAGCUGCAGUCAGCUCUUCAUUAUUAUAGUUAUAAGCUGAUCUUCAGUACUUUACCUGGAGCGGGUCACAUGUAUGAACUGUAUUGUGUACUGUGUGUCAGUAAAUCAGAGUAGAAUGACUGAUACAAGACUUCUUAUUCUCAUCUUAAUUCAUUCUCUUGAUUUACACUUAUGUCCCCAUUCACUUCUUAAUCCAGCAUCAGUCAGUAUGUGUUGUGUUCUUUACUCAUGAGUCACACACAGCACAUUUAAAUCUAUUCAAUCAGAACUUCAUGGGUUUAAGAGACUCAAAUUCCAGUGAUCUUCCCAACACAAUAUGCUGAAGUUUACUGUUACUGUGAUUUAUAUUAUUGAUAUAAUGCAGACAGACGUAUGGAGACCGACUGGAGUCGAUGUGGUCGUGGUGGAGUAACAGUAGCUGCGUUUCCAUUACCCUUUCGAUUCCACACAUUGACGACCAAUGGAAACACUUCAAUAUCACAAAAACUCAUAUGUAUCACAAAACUCGCAUGAGGUGAUUUUUUAAGGGCAAUUCAGAAAAUGUAUUUCACAAAACUACAAUGGAAACAGUUUAUUCGCAUUUUCAGGUCACCUGAUGAAAGUUAGUCACACAAUGAUUAUUUGAAGAUGACGCGGUAUGAACCUCUCAGAAACACCUCAAUACAGGUCUGCUCUUAACUUUAAGAGGCUUUCCUCGCCAAUAAUGUUUGGAUAACACUCCUACAUCUCUUUUGAUUUAAAAUAAUCUACUAUUACCUCCAAGAAACAUCUUUAUGCGUUGCCGCUUGUAAAGGGUUUUUCUUGGUAUUAAUGUUUGAAUAAUACUCUUAUGUCUCCUUUGGUUAUUAAUAAUUGUGGUGGAUGAGAUAUUAAUAACACUUAUCUCUAGAUACAUAAUAGUAAGUUGAAAUGACUUGUAAAUCUGAGUUGAUUCAACAAAAAAUUGAAGGCAGCAAAUUUUUUUUACAGUGAACUUUUUCCUCACGAGAGGAAAAACUGUUUCAGUCAUGGGCAAAUCUGCAAUGGAAACGCAGCUACAUGAAGUGUUGACCAAACAUACUGAACCUGUACACCCAUCUGUGUUUCUAUCAUUCAUUCAGUCAUUCUAGUGUUUAUAGUUGAGAGUUUUUCUUGAGUUUUACAGGAGUCACUGGAUUAUUUACAGCGUUUCUCAGCCCUGUUCCUGGAGGGGUUUACAUCCGACCCCAUUAUUUCCCAUCUUGGAGUCUCUACUAAUGAGCUGAUGAAUGUUUGAAUAUAAAGUGAAUGUGUUGGUGUUCCUCCAGGAUGGUUGAGAAAUACAAAACUCAAUGGUCUGUCACUCAAAUCAAUCUCAUUGAAAAUGAAUGAGGUUUUCUUCUCUGGUGAAAUCGUCUGUAUUUAUUCUACUGUACAAUCCUUCUGCUCUGAUUAAUAGCCAAUCAUUUCACUGGUAUUUCUUUGGACUAUCAUCCAUUUUGUGUCAUUCUUGCAACUAAGGAUGAAAAAUAAAGAAAGCUAUUUUA